AGGCGAAAACUUUGGCGGGGGAAACUGUGAAACUGUAUUUCACCAGGUUCCAUUAGUUAUCGGUUGCCUGUUUGACUCACUCCAAGGCACUUGGCCAUCCUCUUUAAACUCUCCUCUCGCCUCUUUUUCAUCCUUGUACACUACUUCCUCUCCUCUUCAUCUUCCCCGUCUUUCGGUCAAUUCCUCCCCUUACGACUUUCACAAUGGCCCAGAACGGUACCACCAGCAAUGACUUCACCGUCAAGGCUGGUCUCGCGCAGAUGCUGAAGGGUGGCGUGAUUAUGGACGUCGUCAAUGCCGAGCAGGCUCGCAUUGCUGAGGAGGCUGGUGCCGCCGCCGUCAUGGCCCUCGAGCGUGUCCCCGCCGAUAUCCGUGUCGAGGGUGGCGUCGCCCGCAUGUCUGACCCCGGCAUGAUCAAGGAGAUCAUGGAGGCCGUUACUAUCCCCGUCAUGGCCAAGGCCCGUAUCGGCCACUUCGUUGAGUGCCAGAUCCUCGAGGCCAUUGGUGUCGACUACAUCGACGAGUCCGAAGUCCUGACCCCCGCCGACGAUGUCUACCACGUUACCAAGACCCCCUUCAAGGUUCCCUUCGUCUGCGGCUGCCGCAACCUCGGCGAGGCCCUGCGCCGCAUCUCCGAGGGUGCUGCCAUGAUCCGCACCAAGGGUGAAGCCGGUACCGGCGACGUCGUCGAGGCCGUUAAGCACAUGCGCACCGUCAACGCCCAGAUUGCCCGCGCCCGCGCUAUCUACACCACCAGCGCUGACCCCGAGCCUGAGCUCCGCGCCUUUGCCCGUGAGCUCGAGGCUCCCUACGAGCUGCUCCGCCAGGCUGCCGAGCUCGGCCGUCUGCCCGUUGUCAACUUCGCGGCUGGCGGUGUUGCUACCCCCGCCGAUGCGGCGCUGAUGAUGCAGCUGGGCUGCGACGGCGUCUUCGUCGGCUCCGGUAUCUUCAAGUCUGGUGAUGCUAAGAAGCGCGCGAAGGCCAUUGUCCAGGCCGUUACCCACUUCAAGGAUGCCAAGGUUCUUGCUGAGAUUAGCGAGGGCCUGGGUGAGGCUAUGGUUGGUAUUAACGUGCAGAAGAUGCCCGAGGCUGACAAGAUGGCUGGCCGCGGCUGGUAAAUUAUUUUUUCUUCUUUCUUCCUUUGCGCGGUGUGAGUUUCUUUUUUUCUCCGACUUUUUUUUACCCUCGUGCGUGCCCCCCAUUGAUUAGGGUUUUGUUUUUUCUCUUGGCCUGCAGGGCCGGUCUAAAAAUUCUUGUAUAUGAGCCAUGAACCGUUAGCUACUGCAUGACAGACCAAAAAAUUUAGAGGAGUUUCUGCUUGAA